GCUGCCGGGACGGUGGUGGUGUGCUUUCUGUCAGCGAGUGGCGCGGUGCUGCGCUCCCGAGUGUCUGCUUCUGUCCUCCGGCUUGGAAAGCAAACUGCACCCCGCGGAUCGAAAAAUCAAACCGUGAACAACACCCGACGUUGUUUUUGUCGAUUGUAUGUCGUGUCUUUCUUUUUUUUUUUUUUUAAAAAGCGAUUCAGAAGGAAGAUAAAUAAAUAAAUAAAUAAAUAAAUAAAUAAAUAAACAUCCUACGAACAGUGGUAGAACAUUUUCUUUUUUGGACCGAGAGAGUCGGAGGGGAGGGGAAGCAGGGCGCCAGCAGCUGCCGAUGAGUUCAGAGCGGGUCGAAGUGGAGCAGCCGCCGCCGCAGGAGCAGGAGAAGGAGGCAGAGACCAGAGCCGAGAGCCGAGGAGGGGACGGAGACAACCGCGCACCCGAGUCCGGCAGCAUGGUAACUUCGAAAGGCGCUGGUCUGAACCCCAACGCCAAGGUUUGGCAGGAGAUCCCUCCGGGCGGGACGGGAGCCGCUCCAGACUCCGCAAACGGGACGGACAGCGCCUGGCCGGACAGCCCCCCCGAACCCGGCACCUACACCGAAGGCUACUCUGAGCUCCCUGCCGAUGGUAGCAAGGCGUACAGUGUGAUGGUUUCCAGCCUGUCCGAGUGCAGCAGCAGCACCAGCCCUCCCUCCGAGCAUUCAUCGGUCAACGGCAUGGACCCCCCCGAGCUCGUCUUCCCCCUGUACGAGCCGGUCGCCGGGACUGCAGGUGGCUUGUCGGAGGAGCAGCCGGUCCCCACAGAGAACCUGCGCGAGUCUCUGCGGAUGCAGCUGGAGUUCUGCUUCUCUCGAGAGAACUUAUCCAAGGACCUGUACCUGAUGUCCCAGAUGGACAGCGACCAGUUCGUCCCCAUUUGGACCAUUGCCAGCAUGGAGGGGAUAAAGACCCUCACCACAGACCUGGACCUCAUACUGGACGUUCUCAGAUGUUCACCGAUGGUGCAAGUCGAUGAGAAGGGAGAGAAAGUGAGGCCGAACCACAAGCGCUGCAUAAUCAUUCUGAGAGAGGUUCCAGAGACCACCCCUGUCGAGGAAGUCGAAUUCCUGUUUAAAAACGAGAAGUGUCCGAAGGUGAUCAGUGUGGAGUUCGCUCACAAUAAUAACUGGUACAUCACAUUCCAGUCCGACACAGACGCGCAGCAGGCUCAUAGAUACUUAAGGGAAGAUGUGAAAACAUUUCAGGGGAAGCCAAUCAUGGCCAGGAUCAAAGCCAUCAACACGUUCUUUGCGAAGAACGGCUACCGCAGCGUGGACUCCAGCGUGUUCUCCCAGCAGACCCCGAGCCAGACCCCGUUCGGCUCCCAGCUCUUCAUGCAGCCGGUGUACAGCCCACAGCAGCAGUACCCCCUGUACGGCAUCGUGCCUCAGACGUGGACCCCCUCACCCACACCCUACUUCGAGACCCCGCUGGCCCCGUUUCCCAACAGCAGCUUUGUAAACGGAUUCAGCUCUCCCGGGAAUUACAAACCGAACGGCAGCUCCUUGAACAUCCGACCUCCUUUCCACAGAAACCGUGUCCCACUGUAUUCAAGAAAGAAUGUAAUUAAUAAUUACAGGAACCACAUGAAGCCCCCCCCUCGUUCCUCGGACGGGGGUCCCGCAGUGGGGGGAGUGGCCCCCCUGGUGGAGGGUCUGUGCGGCCGCAGCCCCCUGACCCCCCGGCACCAAGGCUCAGUCCUGGGACCCCCGGACCAGGGCAGUACCUACUCCGUGAAGGAGCCCCACACCCCCCCCUCGGAGCAGAACGGAGACUGCAGCCUUGCAGGCAGGGGCAGAAAAAGCACUUACCGUGGAGGGAGGAGGAGAAGAGAGGAUGAACGAACCGUGAGGCCUCCGGCGCUCUCUGAGAUCAAAGUCCAGCCCCCCAAAUUCGACCUGGCGGCAACCAGCUUCCCUCCCCUCCCAGGCAGCGUGGUGAGCACCCAGGGGGAGCCAGUCCUGGAGAACAGGCUGUCGGACGUGGUGCGAGGGAUCAGCAGGGACAAGCAGGAGGUCAGCAAGGUGGAUUUGGUGGCUGUUGUGCAAGAGGAGCCCGUGGCCGUCGCUGCCACGCUGCACCCCGCCACAGGCAAGCCUGCGAGCACUGUCUCCAACGAGCCCCCCCAAGCAAGUGUGGUCCUGCCGGAGAAGAAGCCAGCCGUGGAGGUCCCAGCCCCCAAAGAGACGCCCCGCUCGGCCCCCCCUCCAGUGGUCAUGGCCCCCCUGCCCCUCGCUGUUUCCAGACCCCCCCGGCCGGCCCCCAGCGCCCCCUCUACACAGCCCCCAGCCCCCGCCACCAGCCCCAGCCCCACUGCAGCCAUCGCAAGCAACCCUGCACUGGAGUCCCGGAAACUGAGCUAUGCUGAAGUGUGUCAGAGACCCCCCGUCCCCGUGACAGCGCUGCCCCUGAGGGAGCUCCGAGGCAACACUGAAGAGCCGGCCGCUGCCCCCGAUGAUACCACUUCCCCCGUCGCCCCCGCCACAGACAAACACACUCCGCAGCAGCAGCAGCCUGGCCUGGGUAAACUCCCUGCAGACAGCUACGGCAAGCCAGAGGGGCGAUCCAGGGAUUCGUACAGGAACAACGGGCCGCUGAGAGGGAGCGGCAGUGGGAUCAAACUGCGGGAGCAGCAACGCCGCCCCUUCCCCUCCUCAUCCUCCUCCUCCUCCUCAUCCUCAUCCACUCGCCGAUCCUCUCCUCAGGGAACGGGCCGACGCUUCAUCGGGAAAGAGCAGAAUGUCCCGCCACAGUGAACAGGAAACGAGAGAGAGAUAUUUAAAAAAUAUAUAGAGAAAUAUAUAUAUAUAUAUAGAUCCGUUAUUAAAUAUAAAUAUAUAUGUGUGUGUGUACGUGUUUGUUUGUGUAUGUAUGUGUGAGUGUGUGUGUAUAUAUAAUUUAUAUUUUAACGGAUUUAAAAACAGAAAACUGGACUCCUUCAUGAUCAACAGACUAGCGGAAUUCAUGGUCCGUGGAACUGUUAUGAAGGGAAUGCAGCCGAAAAUAAUUCUAUUAUUAAUAAUAAUAAUAAUAAUAAUGAUGAUGAUGAUAAUGGUGAUGAAAAGUGACUGACUCGUCAAAUCAGAAGGAAACAGAAAAACCUAUUUAAAUGUUAUUUUAUUGAGGGGAGAGCGGUCUGUGCGCUCAGCCACAGCCGAGGAGGAAUCAAUCUCUCUGUUUCUUUUUCUGUGGGGAUUGGAGAGUUUUGAUAAGGGGUUGAGCUUUCAAAGGACCGUGCACUAAGAAAAAAAAAAAAAAAAAAAACUAAUUUCAUAUAUAUGUAUAUGUAUUAAUGUAUGUAUAUAUAUCAAACUAAUCUAGCAAAGGAAUCCAUGAAAUGAACUGCACCCUAAUGUGAUCUGUUGGGGGGGUUAUGCUUGCAUAAGGCAUGUGUGCAGUUGCAGAUUUUUGUUUUAAUUUAAUUUUUAUAUAUAUAAUGAAAGGAGAGAGAUCCCGGUUUUGCUUGCAGAGAUGCGUUCUCUUCGCUUUCUGUCCACGCUUGCUUGCUUGGGUUACAAACACCAACGUUGGGGGCAAAGCUGGGCAGAGCGAUCGAUCUUCCCGGAGUCUGCGUGACUGAAACUGUGACGUUAAAACGUGCUUUGAUUUCUUUCUGAUUCUGAAUGUAUUUAAUCAGAUUUGGGGUCUGUUUACAGCAUUGGUAAAUAAAGGGUAGAGAUAGAGAGAGAGAGGAGGGGUGGGGCUGGUGUUUGGUUGGCUUGCUUACUUGUGUGAACUUGUAUAUGCAUUCAUUGAUUCUUUGUGAGCGAGUGCAUUCAUGGAUUUGUAAAUCCGGUUGCUGUCGCUCCCUCUUCAGUUAUCUUUAUUUUUUUUAAUUGAUCAGUGCUGCUGCAUUUUGAGCAGAAAUCCGUAUUUUGUAAUCCGCAACCCUUCUCAAAGUUAAAACAAACGCAGCGUCGGAUCAUCCCAGACGUGUUUGUCACGCUGACAUUUUUUCAGUUGUGUUUACUACAGAAAUUAGUUCAUUUUUUUGCAAACUACACGAAACUGAUUCAAAACUAAUGUCAGCUGCAGGUCUGAAAGCGGGUUUAAUGCUGAUAUCUCUGCAGUCAGUAACAGCGUGGCAUCUUGCUGGCGUUGUGUCUGUGCUUUCUCAGGCUCUGCUGUGAUUGGAUGCUGUUUCUCCUGCAGCUGUACCCACGCUCUCUCGUGCAGUCGGUGCUUCUGUCGGAGAUCUGUGAAGGACAGAAGCAAUGCGGCUCUCUGAUCAAUGCGCACACUACUGCCCAGAAGCACAUGCCAUCGGUUUCAGAGGAGAACGCAGGUGGAGUUUGGCUUUGAGACUUUGUGUGUGUUUUUUUUUUAGUUUCGUUUUUUGUUUUCUGCAGCGGUGGUCGGUAGAUUAACUUGUGUUUCAUGCUUCAUUUGGGAUGUUGAAUUUUCAUUCCACGCUCCUUAGAUAAAAGCCCGGCAUUUGUGGAUAGUGAAACACAUUUUUUUUUUUGUUUAGUUUAAGAACAGAUAGUAAUAAUGUAUCAUUUGUUUGUGUUUAAAAAAUAAUAAUUGAAAAAUAGGCGAUGAAAUGCACUAAAAACAACUGUAUUCAAUGAAGUCUAAAAAAAAAAGAAAAAAAAGAAAAUAGUUUAACAAAAAAACCUAAAAACCAACUAAAAGUGUAGUGCGAUUGCUUCUCUUUGUAGCCCUAGUUUACUGUUCUGAAGGGCAGCGCGUGCGGUUCGCGGGUGGAGGUGAGCUGUGAUUUACUGAGUCCUGUGGAAGCUUCUUGCUGGCAAACUGGACAUUCAAGGGUUAACCGUGGGGUCAUUUUGUCUGGCUUUUUAAAAAGGAAUUAAAAUGUUUAAGUACGCCCCCCCCCCUCCCUUUGGUUCUGGAGUUUUAACCCAAGAUGUGACCUCUUUUGAGGACGGGGCUACUUUGUCAUUUUCUUUUUAAACUGGCAUCAUUUACCUGUUUUUAAUUUUCUCUUUAGCUGUAUUGUAAUUGUAAAAGUCUAAAUGUAACUGUUAAUUCUGCAAACGCAUCCCUUCAGCUGCUUUUAUGAUGCCUCCAUAUAAAACAAGAAGCUUGUGAAGGCACAAAAUAAACGUCUUGGUGUUUUCUUCCCCGCAUUGAGGAUAAAGCUUCAUUUUCUCUGCGUCGAGUUUCAUAGCGGCUGUGAAAUGUCACCGCUGUGAUUACAGGCACGUUUCCUACUCGACUGUUCUCAAAAUAGGACGCAGCAGUUUGCAGCCAAAACAAGGCCCAAAGAAUUGAAAAUCCGUCCGUGUGUGUGUGUGUGUGUGGAGACAUGUAUCCUUACCAACGCAAUCAUGCGCUGAAAACAAAAGCUGUACAGAUUAUUUAUUUGAAUUCUGGAAAGGGCCGGACCACUAAACAAUUGAAAGGCAAUAAGCAGGUUUUGUGUUGAGAGAUGUUUUCUUAGAAGCACGGUGUGUGUGUGCUCGAUUCCCCGGCAGAAUAGUUUCGGACACCAGUGGCAAGUUCUUGAACCCGAGUCCGGUGCGUUUAGUGUGCCAAGAAAGGGUGCUUGCAGCUUGAACGCCUUUUCAGUUUAGCAGUUGUUUCAGUGUUUUGUUUUUCUUGUAGAGUCACAGUAAUCCUGACUGCAGUGGGUUUUAGUUUUUCAGUAAGCAGGUGAUCUAGUUAAAUUGAGGGGGUGCAGACAGACAGUGCCAACCCCCCACGAGAGGAAACUAAUACUCGCCCCUCAAUUAACCCAUUAAGUGCCUUUGUCCUCAUUUCAGGACAGGCUACUUCUCUUUUUUUUUAAGCACUUCUUAAUUGCCAUCUAUACCUGCUAUUGAAAUUCUCUUUUUAACUAUACGGUCAGGGUAACUUUGUACUUGUGUUGACUGCAAAAGUGAAGUCUGAAUGUUAUGCAUGUGGUUACAUAAAUACAAGGUGACCCUGAUUUCAUGAAGAAUGGAUUGGUGGUUCUUCGUGUGGUUUAAGUGAGGUCGCCUCCUCAGAGCGAAGGGGUGCAGCUGCUGUCCCGGACCUUCACGCGCUUUUCAUUCCAAAUCGACAGCCCCCGUCCCAUGUAGGGAACAAGGCAGCACCCCGUGCCCGUCCCAAAGAGGAGCCGGAGGGCUUGAAUAUUUCCCCCGUGUCGUUGUGGUUGACUUUUAUAUUGUCCUUCAUAUCGAUUGGAGAUCACUCUAGGGUGUUUGAUUGCCAGCCCUCCUCAGGUAGAGCUUCAGCAUGAAGCUGGGCUGUCACUGGUUUUAACUGUGCUGUGGUGGACGGGCGGGCGGGCUGCGGUGAUGGGAGGUCACAGGCACAGCGCAGGCAGAGGGACAGUGCCCUUGUAGUGGACGGCCAAUCCUGGGCAGCAGCUUCCUUGGCUGCAGAGGCAUUGAAAUCCAUUUGGCUGAUGAAGUGUCUCUUUCAAAUGAGACUGCCUCCCUUUCCAAACAAAGUGAACUGACCCCCGUCCCCCCCAAACACACGUGAUAAUACAAAGAGGGGAGGGGGUGGGGGGGCGUAGCGCUACAGAAAUAUUCUCUGGCAAGGCCAGGUGCAUUCGGAGAACUAAUUAUGCGCAGUGCGUGUAAAUUAUUAUAAUAAUAAUUAUUAAUUCAACAUUAUUCAGCUACAGAAUAUAGUACUUGAGUAAUUGUGAUAUGAAUAUAUAUAUAUGUGUGUGUGUUUUUCUUGCAAAAGGAAUAAAUUGUAAUGUUUUUAUUUUC